GGGCGCGCAGCCCGUCACGCGGUGCCGCCGUCACAGCGCCCAGCGCAGCCCUGGAGCAGCAGCAGCUCCGCGCUCGGGGACCCGCGCCCAUGCCCGUGCCCAUGCCGGGCCGCCGCCAGUGACGCCGGAGAGGUGUCUCCGAGCUCACUCGGGCUCCCAACACUGCUAAGGGUGACCCACAAAGGCCGGAGAGAUGGCCGGGGCCUCCGUGAAGGUGGCGGUACGCGUCCGCCCCUUUAAUUCCCGGGAAAUGAGCCGAGACUCCAAGUGCAUCAUCCAGAUGUCUGGAAGCACCACAACCAUCAUUAACCCUAAACAGCCCAAGGAGACACCCAAAAGCUUCAGCUUCGACUACUCCUACUGGUCGCACACCUCGCCUGAGGACAUCAACUACGCCUCACAGAAGCAGGUGUACCGGGACAUCGGCGAGGAGAUGCUGCAGCAUGCCUUUGAGGGUUACAACGUGUGCAUCUUCGCCUACGGGCAGACGGGGGCUGGCAAGUCCUACACCAUGAUGGGCAAGCAGGAGAAGGAGCAGCAGGGCAUCAUCCCCCAGCUCUGCGAGGACCUGUUCUCCCGUAUCAACGACACGACCAAUGACAACAUGUCCUACUCCGUGGAGGUCAGCUACAUGGAGAUUUACUGUGAGCGUGUCCGUGACCUCCUGAAUCCCAAGAACAAGGGCAACCUGCGUGUGAGAGAGCACCCGCUGCUGGGGCCGUACGUGGAGGACCUCUCCAAGCUGGCCGUCACCUCCUACAAUGACAUCCAGGACCUCAUGGACUCAGGGAACAAGGCCAGGACCGUGGCGGCCACAAACAUGAAUGAAACCAGCAGCCGCUCCCAUGCGGUCUUCAACAUCAUCUUCACCCAGAAGCGCCAUGAUGCGGAGACCAACAUCACCACAGAGAAAGUGAGCAAAAUCAGCCUGGUGGACCUGGCCGGGAGUGAGCGGGCCGACUCCACAGGAGCCAAGGGCACACGUCUCAAGGAGGGAGCCAACAUCAAUAAGUCCUUGACCACGCUGGGGAAGGUCAUCUCUGCUCUGGCUGAAAUGGACUCGGGGCCCAAUAAGAACAAGAAAAAGAAGAAGACAGAUUUCAUUCCAUACAGAGAUUCCGUGCUGACCUGGCUCCUCCGAGAAAAUCUGGGUGGGAACUCGAGGACGGCGAUGGUGGCGGCCCUGAGCCCUGCAGACAUCAACUAUGAUGAGACUCUGAGCACGCUGAGGUAUGCUGACCGAGCCAAACAGAUCCGCUGUAACGCCGUCAUCAACGAGGACCCGAACAACAAGCUAAUCCGUGAGCUGAAGGACGAGGUGACCCGGCUGCGGGACCUGCUGUACGCCCAGGGUCUCGGGGACAUCACCGAUACCAACACUGUGCCCGGAGGACCCAAAUACGUUUCCGACCUUGAGAACAAUAACCGUAACCGUGGCGGGGCAGAGUUGAGUCCAGCCCCUGACAAUCUCUCCACAGUGACCAACGCCCUGGUGGGCAUGAGCCCCUCGUCCUCGCUCUCGGCCCUGUCCAGCCGUGCCGCCUCCGUGUCCAGCCUGCACGAGCGCAUCUUGUUUGCCCCGGGCAGUGAGGAGGCCAUCGAGAGGCUGAAGGAGACGGAGAAGAUCAUCGCUGAGCUCAACGAGACAUGGGAGGAGAAGCUGCGGCGGACGGAAGCCAUCCGGAUGGAGAGGGAAGCCCUACUGGCCGAGAUGGGUGUGGCCAUGAGGGAGGAUGGCGGCACACUGGGGGUGUUUUCUCCCAAAAAGACGCCACAUCUUGUCAACCUGAACGAGGACCCACUGAUGUCCGAGUGCCUCCUGUACUACAUCAAGGACGGGAUCACCAGAGUGGGCCGGGAGGAUGCGGAGAGGCGGCAGGACAUCGUCCUGAGCGGGCACUUCAUCAAGGAGGAGCACUGCGUCUUCCGGAGCGACUCCCGAGGGGGCAGUGAAGCUGUGGUGACCCUGGAGCCCUGCGAGGGCGCAGACACCUACGUCAAUGGCAAGAAAGUCACGGAGCCCAGCAUCCUGCGGUCAGGAAACCGCAUCAUCAUGGGGAAGAGCCACGUGUUCCGGUUCAACCACCCUGAGCAGGCGAGGCAGGAGCGCGAGCGCACGCCCUGCGCCGAGACACCCGCUGAGCCCGUGGACUGGGCCUUCGCCCAGCGAGAGCUGCUGGAAAAGCAGGGCAUUGACAUGAAGCAGGAGAUGGAGCAGAGGCUCCAGGAGCUGGAGGACCAGUACCGCCGGGAGCGUGAGGAGGCCACCUACCUGCUGGAGCAACAGAGGCUGGACUACGAGAGCAAGCUGGAGGCCCUGCAGAAGCAGAUGGACUCCAGGUACUACCCGGAGGUGAACGAGGAGGAGGAGGAGCCAGAGGAUGAAGUCCCGUGGACAGAGAGGGAAUGUGAGCUGGCGCUUUGGGCCUUCCGGAAGUGGAAGUGGUACCAGUUCACGUCGCUGCGGGACCUGCUGUGGGGCAAUGCCAUCUUCCUCAAGGAGGCCAAUGCCAUCAGCGUUGAGCUCAAGAAGAAGGUCCAGUUCCAGUUUGUCCUCCUCACAGACACGCUCUACUCCCCGCUGCCGCCAGACCUGCUGCCCCCAGAGGCCGCCAAAGACCGGGAGACUCGCCCCUUCCCCCGCACCAUUGUGGCCGUGGAGGUCCAGGACCAGAAGAAUGGGGCCACCCACUACUGGACACUGGAGAAGCUCAGGCAGCGCCUGGACCUGAUGCGGGAGAUGUACGACCGGGCAGCUGAGGUGCCCUCCAGUGUCAUUGAGGACUGUGACAAUGUGGUGACUGGCGGAGACCCCUUCUACGACCGAUUUCCCUGGUUCCGGCUGGUGGGCAGUUCAGUCAUCUCUGGCUGCAACAGCUACCCUCUUCUCAACACAUGCAUGAGCGAGCGCAUGGCUGCUCUCACCCCCUCCCCCACCUUCUCGAGCCCCGACUCCGACGCCACCGAGCCUGCCGAGGAGCAGAGCGUGGGGGAGGAGGAGGAGGAGGAGGAGGAGGAGGAGGACCUGGAGGACGACGUCUUUCCGGAGCACGCGCUAUGCGACGGCCGGGACCCGUUUUACGACCGGCCCCCCCUGUUCAGUUUAGUAGGAAGGGCCUUCGUGUACCUGAGCAACCUGCUGUACCCCGUGCCCCUGGUGCACCGCGUGGCCGUCGUCAGCGAGAAGGGAGAGGUGAAGGGCUUCCUCCGCGUGGCCGUCCAGGCCACCUCAGCUGAUGAAGAGGCCCCUGACUAUGGCUCCGGUGUCCGACAGUCAGGAACCGCCAGAAUCUCCUUCGACGACCAGCAUUUUGAAAAGUUCCAGUCUGAGUCCUGCCCGGUGGUGGGGAUGUCCCGCUCUGGGACCUCCCAGGAAGAGCUUCGUAUCGUGGAAGGUCAGGGCCAGGGUGCAGAUGCCGGGCCCUCAGCUGACGAGGUCAACAACAACACUUGCUCAGCCGUGCCUCCAGAAGGCCUCCUCCUGGACAGCCCCGAGAAAGCCCCCCUGGACGGGCCCCUGGACGCUGCCCUGGACCAUCUGCGCCUGGGCAGCACCUUCACCUUCCGGGUGACCGUCCUGCAGGCAUCCAGCAUCUCCGCUGAAUACGCCGACAUCUUCUGCCAGUUCAACUUCAUCCAUCGCCAUGACGAGGCCUUCUCCACGGAGCCCCUCAAGAACACGGGGAGGGGCCCCCCACUUGGCUUCUACCAUGUCCAAAACAUUGCGGUGGAGGUGACCAAGUCCUUCAUUGAGUACAUCAAGAGCCAGCCCAUCGUGUUCGAGGUCUUUGGCCACUACCAGCAGCACCCGUUCCCACCCCUCUGCAAGGAUGUGCUCAGCCCCCUGAGGCCCUCGCGCCGCCACUUCCCAAGGGUCAUGCCGCUGUCCAAGCCAGUGCCCGCCACCAAGCUCAGCACACUAGCGCGGCCCUGCCCCGGGCCCUGCCACUGCAAGUACGACCUGCUGGUCUACUUCGAGAUCUGUGAGCUGGAGGCCAAUGGCGAUUACAUUCCUGCAGUGGUGGACCACCGCGGGGGGAUGCCGUGCAUGGGGACCUUCCUGCUCCACCAGGGCAUCCAGAGACGGAUUACCGUGACCCUGCUGCAUGAGACAGGCAGCCACAUCCGCUGGAAGGAAGUUCGAGAGCUGGUCGUGGGUCGGAUCCGAAACACACCAGAAACUGAUGAGUCCCUGAUCGACCCCAACAUCUUGUCUCUCAACAUCCUGUCCUCCGAUUACAUCCACCCGGCCCAGGACGACCGGCAGUUUCUUGAUUCGGACAUGCCUAGCGUGUCGUUCGGAAGUGACACUAGGACCUUCUAUCAGUUUGAGGCUGCGUGGGACAGCUCCAUGCACAACUCUCUCCUGCUCAACCGGGUCACCCCGUACCGAGAGAAGAUCUACAUGACUCUCUCAGCUUACAUCGAGAUGGAGAAUUGCACCCAGCCAGCCGUCAUCACCAAGGACUUCUGCAUGGUCUUUUACUCUCGGGAUGCCAAGCUACCUGCUUCACGCUCCAUCCGCAACCUGUUUGGCAGUGGGAGCCUGCGGGCCUCGGAGAGCAACCGCGUGACGGGCAUCUAUGAGCUCAGCCUGUGCCACGUGGCCGAUGCCGGCAGCCCAGGGAUGCAGCGGCGGCGAAGGCGAGUGCUGGAUACAUCUGUGGCCUACGUCCGCGGCGAGGAGAACCUGGCGGGCUGGAGGCCCCGGAGUGACAGCCUCAUCCUGGACCACCAGUGGGAGCUGGAGAAGCUGAGUCUGCUGCAGGAGGUGGAGAAGACGAGGCACUACCUCCUGCUGCGAGAGAAGCUGGAGACCAGCCAGCGGACCGGCCCCGAAGCGCCGUCCCCCGCCUCCAGCGAGGACUCCGGUUCCCACGGCUCGUCCAGCCCCUCCUCCCCACUCUCAGCCGAGGGCCGGCCGGCCCCUCCGGAGGCUCCCAGCGAGAGACAGCGGGAGCUAGCCGUCAAGUGCUUACGCCUCCUCACGCACACGUUCAACAGAGAGUAUGCCCAUAGUCACGUCUGCAUCAGCGCCAGUGAGAGCAAGCUCUCUGAGAUGUCUGUCACCCUGCUUCGGGACCCGUCCAUGUCCCCUCUGGGGGCGGCCACGCUCACCCCCUCCUCCACCUGCCCCUCUCUGGUCGAAGGGCGGUACGGAGCCGCUGAGCUGAGGACCCCUCAGCCCUGCUCCCGGCCGGCCAGUCCAGAGCCCGAACCUGUGCCAGAGACAGAUCCGAAGAAGCUUCCCUCCCCGGCUCGGGCAACGGAGGCAGACAAGGAGCCCCAGCGCCUGCUGGUUCCUGACAUCCAGGAGAUCCGGGUCAGCCCCAUCGUCUCUAAGAAGGGGUACCUGCACUUCCUGGAGCCACACACGGCGGGCUGGGCCAAGCGCUUUGUGGUGGUGCGGCGGCCCUAUGCCUACAUGUACAACAAUGACAAGGACUCCGUGGAGAGGUUUGUGCUCAACCUCUCCACUGCCCAGGUGGAGUACAGCGAGGACCAGCAGGCCAUGCUCAAGACACCCAACACGUUUGCUGUGUGCACGGAGCACCGUGGCAUCCUGCUGCAGGCCAACAGCGACAAGGACAUGCACGACUGGCUGUACGCUUUCAACCCGCUCCUGGCCGGCACCAUACGGUCCAAGCUCUCCAGAAGGCGGUCUGCCCAGAUGCGGGUGUGAGCAGGAGCCCUCCCAACAGCCAGCAGGCCGGCCCCACCCCCAGGCCUCAUCACCACCUGUCAUGUCACGCGCGCCCAGCCUGCCCCACCAGCCAGCCAGCAAGUGCCCUCUUGGGGACACCACCUCUGGCCCAGGGACCUGUGCCACACGACCUGUCCUGCUCCCAGCAGAGGCCGCGUUUGUUCUUUGUUCUUUCCGAGCGUGCCCUGGGUGGGAAGAGCUGGGAGGUGCUGGAGAGGCCAGAGGGCACAAGCCACAGGGGCAUCGCCGCCGUUCUGAUAUUUUUUUAAGCAUAGACAGACUUAUAAUUAAUAUACAUUAGUUAGUGACAUUGAAACAGUCCACUCAGAAAUUAACUAUAAGACUGUGUUCUAUUUAUAAGUAUUUAUUUCUAAUGCCUUCACAUACACCUGUAGGAUUCCGAUGGACCCUGUCCCCCGCUUGCUCCCACUCACAUCCCCCAAGGCUCGUAUGGAAGGCCACGGUGAAGGGGUGUCUGCAUAGGCCGGGCACCUCCUGCUUGGCACCAUGGUGGCACGCCGGGCCGGGCCCAAGCAGAGGCUUCUCCCCAGCCGCACGGGGGUUAGGCCCUCAUCCCAGGGUGUGUGUGUGUGUGUGAGUGUCAGGGGACUUGGUGCCUGGAGUCCGAGCCACGGAGGGUGGCGUGGUCUUCCAGCUGGAGGUGUCUCUCCCUGGGGGCGUGGGGAGCUGGGGGAGACCAGGCAGAUGGGCACCUGGGCUGUGGGGCUCUCCUGGCAGGGACUGCAGGUGGCAUCGUGUGUCUAGGGCAGCAGGGUGCUGGUGGCUGGGGUUCAAGAUGGUCCAGGCGGUGAGGGGUUUGGGGUGCAGCUUCUCCAGCUGCUGUGAGAAAUGGGGUGAGCUCAAGGUCAUUCCUGGGAAGAAAGUGUGUGACGUCCCCCCUUUGCCCCAAGAGAAGAGUUUCUGAGAGUCCCGGGGUCAGGUGAGGGCAGCCAGCGCCAGGGCCACUGUCAGCCCCCUGUCCUGCUCCCGAGGGGGCUGUCCUUGUGCUGUUCAGAGAAAGCUCUUGUUACGAGAUUCACUUCAUUCUGUCUGCAGACUCCAUGCCCGAGGGCCAGCCCGGACAGGGCCAGGGUCUGCCCCAGGCAUCACACCCAGGCCAGAAACCCAUCAGAGAGACCACGGGGCCCAGGGGGUCUUCUGUGACCUGUUCCCACACCCAAAGGCACACGUGGCCUUCUUCCAACUCUAGGAAAAACAGCAACCAAACCACAAAACCCCUGUCCCCACCAUGGCCCACUGAGAGCAGGUUUCAUUCAGAGUCGGGGGGGGAGGGUUCCAGGCCCAAGUUCAAGGCCAGCCAGUCCACACUGUUCCCUGCUGCCUUUGCCGGGUCCUGCGGGGUACCACUCACGGACCCCUCACCUCUCCAUUCAGUUUGGAUUACCUUGUCGCACCCCAGUCAGCAGUUCCGAACCCCCCAUUCAGCCUGGGCCGUCCCCACGUGACAUGUGGACACUGUCCCCGUUCUGUGCACGGAGGUUGGAAGUGUGUGCAGCCACGUUCCUCCAGGGACAUGUGGGCUUGGCUCCCAUACCAGGUGAGAAGUUUGAGGCUCUCCUUGGGAAAGUUAUUCAGGCCCCUUCAGCACCGCCACGGACGUGGGACUAGGUGGUGGGCUCCCAACCUGAGCAGCCUCUGGCAGUGGUGUCUGGCCCGUCAGCCGCCCCAGCCGCCCCAGCCUGGCUGGCAGCAGAGACCAAGCGUGCCUGUUUCACACCUGGUCUCAGGCAGCACGUCAGUGGCCCCUUUCACUCACUACUACCCUCAAGCCCCGUGCUUGGAAGGCACCCCUGGUGGAGUAGCUGCAUCACUAAGACACGGGUCCUGGGAAACCACAUCUGUGAAGGGCAGGGCUCAGUAGCCUUCCCUGGAGGCCCCCAGAUCAGGGCUCACAUGCCAGGCUGAAGUCAAACAUCAUCCAGAAACCAGACGUUCCUAGGCCUGGACACAGAGAACAGGGGUGUGGCACGGUCCAGAGCAAGCACUUAUUCUGGCUUUUACAAUGGCCUGGAGGGCAGGGAGUUGGACCAGGAAGGGAGGGAGCUAUGCCAAGAUGAGUUGGUUCCCAGGAACCCCGCCUACCCACAGGGAGCCCGGAGGUGCAGGGCCCCCCCGGCCACAGCCCGCUCAGGUCAGCCAGCCUGCAGCCGUGGCCUCGGAGGGUCAGAGGCCCUCGCUCCCUGGAUGCAGGUAUCUGAGGCCAGCCAACCUACAGAGCACCUGCCUCGUGGUGUGGGCUGAAGGAAGGGGGCCCAUGCGAGGGUUUCUGGGAAUCACCCUAAAUUCGGGAGCCUCCACGGCCAUGGAGGUGCUCCAAAGACUGUUUAAUUCUGGCCUGGUGCCACUUGGCAGUUGCCUGGGAGCCCCAGCCCCGUUGUCACAGUCAGACCCUCAGAGUUGCUGGGGAGAGAAAUCUGAGUCGGAAAAGCUGGUCUCUUCAUGUCUGCCCUUGCCAGAAGCUACCCACGUGUCACAUUAGGGGGGACAAGCAUUUAAAAAACUGGGGUGUGCUCUUCACAUCUGUGACCCGGGAGGCUGAUCUGGGGGCCCCUGAGGGUCUGCCCAUUGUGGGGUACAGAGGGGAAAGUCAGACCUGACUAUUUCCCACUAAGUGGGGAAGGAAGAAAGAUCCAGAAAGCCAUCUAUCUGGGAGGUUUUUGUUUUAACGCUUGAUGCCACUCAUUUCGGUUUAAGGGACAGCCAUCCUCACCCACAGACACUCUCUGUCUCCUCCAGGGUAGGGUGAACUCCUUCUGCCGUGGUCCCAGGAAGGGCAGGGGGGGCGCUAGGCUCCAGUGCAUCCAGGCUAGUCCCCAGGGGUGAGGGUUCCGAGGCCGCCUCGUUCUGAGUCAUCACUCCUAUGGUGCCCGCGUCCCAUUCACCAUCACACGCACAUGCACACGCUCACACGCCCCCGGGUGGCUGCAGUGAGAUGCCUUCCAUCAAUCCGGUCCCUACUCCGCACCUGUGGGGCAGGUGUGGCAAAGCAUUCGGGGAGAGUUCCUGGAUGCUGCUGGUCCAGGUGUGAGCAGGGUUGCCGUGCUGGCCCUCUGUCAGCUCCCUCCUGUGCGGGGCCCCAGAAGGCGCCCUCCUUUUAUCCCCAGGAUCAGCAGAGGCUGUGGCUUCCUGAGGGCCUGAGCUUCCUGCAGUUAGCCGUCCCCUGAGCUCCCCUGUAGCUUGUACAUAUGUGGUUGUGUGACACACCCUGGCCCCCGCGCUGUAACCACCACCCUGACGUAAUGACUCCAGUUCCCUGACGUCCUAAACCCAAGUGUUAGGCUCUAGGCUCCUGUACUGUGUGUGUGUGCACUUAAAAUUCUGUCCAAUUAAGAAAUAAAUGUGGUUCCUUAUGCAACACCAGA